AGAGAUGGGGGGAGUAUACAAGAGACUGAGAGCUAGAGAAAGAGCGAGAGUGAGUGAACCUGUUCUUAGUAUCAGUAACCAUAACAUUUUUUUCCGAAGGCAUAUUACACAAUUACUGAAGAUUUUUAAUUACACACUCCUGCAAUGGACUGUAGAAACGAUGCGUGCGGUCAGCCACAGGAUAAGGACAUCAUGGACAUCCCGCUGGACGACCCCGAGGCUAACAAGGCGGCCACAACGAUCCAGGCUGGCUUCCGCGGACACAUGACCAGGAAGAAGAUGAAGGACGACAACCCCAGGGAGGAGAAGCAGCAGGUGCGGAAGUAGAGGGAGGGACCUGAAGGUCGACGGCUGAACAGUGAGGUGCCCUUGUGAGCCAGAGGACACGUUACAUCCACUGCAAUAACAACAGCUCCUUCACUCCACAGAAACGUUCAUUGUACAAAUAAACUGGAAUUAGUCUUAGGUAUGGGGCAUGUCUUUCGCUCUCUCACACUGUUUUGCUUCUUGGCCCAAUCAGGUUGGAUGUUGGUGACCCAAAUUAGCAUAUGACGGCAUGCGUUUCCUUUUUUUUAAACCACUGUUGCAGUCAAUAAAAAGUACUCAAAGUUUAUGAGUUAGUGAACUGCUUAGUACUAAACUACGUAAAUGUACUCAGAAACUGAUUGAUUACUGCUAUAUAUUUGUGUUUUCUUUCCACCUGGCUUCGAUCGGCCUUGCAAUAUUUAUAAUUAUGCAUCUUAAUAAACAGGGCAGGUCAAAACAUUUUCUAAACUUAUGCUGUGUGUUUCUUUGCCUGUUUAAUAAAGUUGAGAAAACAAAAUAAA